AUGAGCAAACAGCAUCAAGACAACCGAAAGGCCAACAUUUGCACUGCUUGUGUCUAUGGAGUGUCCAUUCUCUUCUCAAUAUCGUUCGCCAUAUGGGGACUUUUCAUUUACUCGAACAUUCUCUAUCCAAGAGUUCCAUUUGACACGAUUCGUUGUUAUGGUUCAACCAUUGUGAAAUUGUUGCUGGUGGUGACCGUUAUGGAAUUUAUUGGAAUUUUGUUUGGAACUCUGGCCAUGUGUUCUGGUUUUCUUGAAGUUUGUUAUAGUGCCUUCUCUGCCUCUAGAUCUUACAAAUUUGUGAGUCAAAUGUCACCUGCCAUGGACGAUGAAGGUUAUGCUGUGUUGAGUGAAAAUUGGAUUCAAGAAACUUCUCCAAACUUGUUUGAAAAUGCACCUUUUGAUAUGGAUGGAGCGCGAGGUGUUCAAAUGAAGUCCAGUGUGGAUCGAAGAAAUAUUGGAAAUGCAUCGAACCUGAAUGCAACACUUGUCACUAAUCAAGAAAUGAAAACCACUGAUGAAAUGCGAAAUGACUCUUCACAACUCGUGCAAAGCAAUGGAGAAAUUGUUGUCACUCAUCAUACACUUCCAACUAGAAAAGAGCAACAUAUCAAGCAACACUAUGAAUAUCACUACGAAGAAACUAGUAGACGUUCCUGUUGUUCCAACUUUUUCAGAAUUGGUGAUUGUUUCACUCUUUCCUUUUUAAGAAACAUCUGUCAAUUGACAAAAUCUGUGAAUGGAAUGGCCAUCACUGCCUUACUCAUUGUCAUGGCAUUCUAUGUCUUUGAAAGUCGUUGUAACACCGACUAUGACAGAAUGUACACUUUAGUGAAACCAUUUUUGAUUGCCCAAUUCGUGUAUUGUGUCAUUUCAACUUUGGCCACUUUAAUUAUCACCUGUGGACCUUUCUUGUUUCAUAUUUUGGUCCUAAUUGUAUCCUUGUAA